CAUGGUAACCGGGGUGGGUUCGCAGAUCACAACAGACGACGUUCGUUCGUUCAUUCGAAGAGACUGUGUAGUUCAAGAAAAGCGUGUUCUAUCAUUGCCGGUGUUUCUCGUUUUUUUUUUUGCAUAUUUGUAUAUUGUGUUCAAUUAUCUUUCAUUUGAUAAAAUAUUUUAAAAGCUAUCAGUGAAAUUUUUUAUAUAUAUGCAAAUCAAGUGAAACGCAAACAAAACAAUAGAAUAAUAUCUAUCCUACGGUCGUUGGAAAAGAGAAACUUCAUUGUCAAGUGUUGGGGUCGCAUUCGCGACCCAGACAUCAACCGAGGUGGCGUGGGGUACGGCAGUAAUGGAAUUGCAGAGCUGGCUGCUCUAUCAUCUUGUAGCCGUAACCGACUGCAAUCAAGUUACUUUUGCCUGAGUUUCGACUGUGCUCACAGAACACUUCUUUAUUUCAUUCAUAAUCCCGUUAUCGCCUAGAGGAAACAGCAGUCUACCAAUGUUUGAUGUGAUGCAGUCGGCGACUACAUUGAACGGGGGAUCUUAUCCCGCCGGAGGCACCGGAAGUCGCGCUCGUGAUUUAGGUCUUCGAGCGCAAAAAAAACUUCUCGGUAGAGUUGUAUCUACAGGAGCAGGAAGAUCACUGUUGAUAGAUGAUGCUACUACAUCACUUCUGGAUAAUCUUUAUAAACUUAUGGAAAGAGCUGCAAAAACUAAUCCUAGUUUAGACAAGAAGCAGCCUGAAAAGGUUUUAAAGAAUAUUGUUAAAUUGUCUAUUAAGGUGGGUCUUCUACAACGUAAUCAACAAUUAAACGUCACUGAUGACGCAAAACUCGCCGAAAUAAGAACUGCCCUUAGAGCUGUAGCCAUGUCUGUAGUUUCGUUUUAUGAAUUAGAAUUCAGUUUCGAUAGGGCAUAUUUAAUAAAAUCAUUAGAGCGAUGCAGAACUGCAAUACAAACAUUUAUAAAACCACAUCUUACAGACAAAUCUCAAGAUCGAUGUGAUCAAGUGUUCGAUUUCUUAACGCAUUCCGAUUUUUUGGAUUCCGUUUUUAGGCAAGAUUCGGAACACAGACCUAUCCUUGGAAUGCUAGUUAGUGAUAUAAAUAAGGCCUUAGAUGCUGGGCAUCUUUGAUUUUUUUAUUAUAAAAACGCGACUGAAUUUUCGCAAUCAAUGGGGAGCAUGAACGAAAAUUAUAUUUACUGAAAGAUAAUUAGGAGAAGAUAAUAACUUUCUUCCCUAAUUAUUUUUUAAGAAAAAAAAAAAAAAAAAAAAAAAAAAAAAAAAAAAAACCAAAAAAAGAAAUCCAAUGUAUGUGUGAUAUCAAUUAUUUACAAUCGCCUGUAUAAUAAAAAAUGAUAAAUAUGUUUUUGAUAUGAGAGGGGAUGGUUUUAAAAUAUGAUGUUUCCCGUGAAAAUCGAUCGAUUUCACAGUAGUGCUCACCAAUUUAUGCAAUAAUUGUGAAAUACUCUAUUUAUUUUCAGAAUGUAUAUUGUUAUGAUCAGUAUAUUUAUUUACAAUACUUAUGCGUUAGAAUACCAAUUGUCAAUCUAUAACCAAA